AUGCACUCCCGGGGCCUCUUACAGUCCGCGACCUGUCCCCGGCCGGGUUGUGGCGCGCCCGAGUCGGUGAGACACUUGCUCUGGGAGUGCAGCACCGCCGUCGACCAGUGGGCAACAGCCGGCUCCUUACAAUUCCCGUACCUACCAGCAGGGGAGGUCCUCACAGCACAGCUGAUGCUGUACGGGGUGGGCCUAAGUCCGAAUUCAAAAAAGGACUUCACAAGAAUCUGGCUCACCCUCGCCGCCACCAAAGACGCCAUAUGGACCUCCAGAAACCUGCUGGUAGGAAGGCACAUGCAGAUCCCCCCCGUGGCUGUGAUCCGGAUGGCAGCGGCACAGUCCGAGAGGCUGUGGCUGCAGGCGGCGGGCCCUAGGACACAGCUACACAGAAGCAUCGCCUCUGUGCCCAUUCGGACGAAGGAGACCGAUGCCGCACUGAAGGUCAAAGCCGCAACGGCCUGA